AUGGUAAUAGGAGGAGUCGCGGGGUGGCAGGUGACAGAAUAUCUGCUCAACCGUACGUCUUCAGACAAAAGCGGCGGAGAGGGCUCCACAGGUUCAGACUCGGACUCUGGUACGUCGACAGGGAGGCAGUGUACCGCCAACGACACCUUGAUUUCAACCAGUCUUGUCCGGAGCGGUACAGCUCUUGCGGCCACUGGGUGGCGAUACGGCACUGAGCAUACCAUCUGGCUGUAUUUCCAGGGCAGAGACGACUCUCUCCAGAGCGUCAUAUACGACAGCCUGUAUGGAUCAUGGGCGGGACCUACCACCUUAUCUCUUGACGAGCGCGCCGUCGCCGGCACUUCGCUCACAGCCACCACGCUGCUGUGGAACAGGAACCCUGGUGAACCACCUCAGCCACAGGCACAGCUUGUCUAUCAGGAUAUCUCGGGAACCUUGAAGGGACUAGUCUGGAGAUCUGGUUAUCCAUCCGUGGGUCGGCGUGCUGGCAUAGGUAACCAGGGCUUCGCGGCCACCAGCGGGAGCGGUCUUGCAAGCUUCGCUCCGGGGUUCUACCUCCAGGGAAGUAAUGGCUCUGUGUCCGAGACCAUAUUCAAUGGGACCUAUACCGCUCUCAAGACGCUACCCAUCUCGCCUGCCUCAGGCACGCCGUUGUUAGCCAUUCCGCGGACAAAGAGCCAUUCCGGAAAUGAGCUGAGACUGUUCUUCAGGAGAGACAUGGACGGGCAGAUUGCUGUGUUUGAGCGAUAUCCCAACUUUACUGCCGUGUACGACACGGAUGCUGAGCCUGUACUGCCGUUCGGAACCGCUAACGAGAGGAGCAAUCUUGCUGGUUUCACAGUGGCGGGGUACGCAGAUACGGACGAGUUGAAUACCAUGAUACUGAUGCAAGAUUUCUCGAGUGGUAACAUAACAUAUACAUGGAUCGGCGAUGCGUCCGGUUGGCAAGACUCAACUACUGAUGAUGUCUUUCACGGAGCUGGUGUUGGUGGGAUGUCAUGCGUCACAGCUGCGACGACAUGGGCUGGCUACGGAGUUAAGCCGCUGGAAGUCUCUAAUGAUAUGAACAAGUGUUAUUUUCUAGUGAAUGGCCGGAUUAAGGAAGUUUGGUGGGAUGGCAGCAGCUGGACGGAUAAUGGAUUUAUUUAA